GUUUGGAACUGGGUGGAAAUCCUGGAGAUGGAUCUCUUAGGAGAUUGUCUUCCAAUUGGGUUAGAUGCACAGGAGCAAUGGAUCGCCCCAGCUACCUGGAAGAGGACUAUUCUAGCCUGGAUGGGCUGGACGAUGACGUGUUUCACUCUGAUGACUUUGGACUUGCAGGUCAGCCUGGUGAGAUGACUGCAACUGGCAUUUUCACACAGAACCAGUCCUACAGCUGCCUUCUGGGGAGGUUUCAACUAUUCCCCCUCACACACUGCUGUGGUCCCGGUAUCAGGCAUCCUGAGCAGCAGGACAAGGCAACUCAAACACUCAGCCCGUCCUCUUCCAGUCAGGAUGUUAUGUUGCCUUGUGGAGUCACUGAAGAGCCCCGGAGACUCUUCUAUGGGAAUGCUGGUUACCGUUUACACGUCCCUCCAGUUGGCUUUGCAUUGGAUCCGCACCUCCAAGAGGAGCCUCAGGAAGGUCAGCGGGAAGCGCGUGCCGAGGUGCAGAUUGCACGGAAGCUGCAGUGCAUUGCCGACCAGUUCCACCGGCUCCACAUACAGAGGCUUGUACUCUUCUCCUCUCUCCUCACCACCACUGUCUUCUCUGUGGCACAAGUGGCCAUCUGUGGCUUAUAUCAGCUCCUCAUCUUGGAGAUGACAGCAAGCCUGGAGUCUGUUCUGACACUCUUUGUUGACUAG